UGCGGCAUGCUGAGGCCACACCCCCUGGCUCAGAAUGAGUGUCAGAGAUGGCGCUGCCAACAUGGCAACGACUGCAGGUGGGGGAGGCGGUGGAGGCGGGCAAGCUAGCCCUGUCGAUCAGGAUGGCCGCUCAUACACGCUCCAGAUCUAUCCGAGGUUGGCUGCUUACCCAUCCACCUGCUGCAACCUUAAAGUGCAGAAGGAUGCAACGGCUGCCUCGGUGAUCUCGGACGCCACUACGGCACUGGGGCUGGACCCCAGACGCCUGUAUGUGCUGGCAGAGGUGAAGGAAUGUGGUGGGGAAGAGUGGGUGCUGGAGGCCGGAGACCUGCCGGUACAGAGGUUCCUGCUGUGGCCUCGAAAAGCACAGGAGCAACACCCUCAGAGCCUUGGCUUUUACUUCUUACUACAGGAGAGGAAUCGUGAUGGUUCAAUCCGUUAUGUCCACCUCCCAAUGUUGUCCAAGGAACAGGAGGCACAGCGGCUCGCUGCCAGGGGCUUCCUUCCCCCUCCCCAGGAUGAUUUUGCAGACCUCUGCAACCUCCCCGUCCUCAGUGAGGACAGCAUAUUAAACAACUUGCGCACACGGUUUCACAAGAAAAAGAUCUAUACCUAUGCAGGGAGCAUCCUCAUCGCCAUCAACCCCUUUAAGUUCCUGCCCAUCUACAACCCUAAGUAUGUCAAGAUGUACGAGAACCACCAGCUGGGCAAACUGGAGCCUCAUAUUUUUGCUAUCGCAGAUGUGGCCUACUAUGCCAUGCUCAGGAAGAAGGUCAACCAAUGCAUUGUCAUCUCUGGGGAGAGUGGCUCGGGCAAGACCCAAAGUACCAACUUCCUGAUCCACUGUCUGACUGCUCUCAGCCAGAAGGGCUACGCCAGUGGGGUGGAGAGGACCAUCCUGGGUGCUGGACCAGUUCUGGAGGCCUUUGGGAACGCUAAGACAGCCCACAACAACAACUCCAGCCGCUUUGGCAAAUUCAUCCAGGUUAAUUAUCUGGAGAGCGGCGUGGUCAGAGGGGCAGUGGUGGAGAAGUACCUCCUGGAGAAGUCUCGUCUGGUCUCUAGGGAGAAGAAUGAGAGGAACUAUCACGUGUUUUACUACCUGCUGCUGGGCGCUUCAGAGGAAGAACGAAAGGAGUUUAAAUUGCUGCCGCCUGAAGACUAUUUCUACCUCAAGCAGCAAAAUUUUAAGAUUGAAGAUGAGGAAGAUUUGCGUCACGAUUUUGAACGGCUGCAGCAGGCGAUGGAAAUGGUCGGCUUCCUUCCCGCCACCAAGAAACAGAUCUUUUCUGUGCUCUCCGCCAUCCUGUACCUUGGCAACGUGACCUACACGAAGAAGGCAACGGGCCGAGAUGAAGGCUUGGACGUGGGCCCACCAGAGGUCCUGGCAACCCUCUCUGACCUACUAAAGGUUAAAGAGGAGCUGCUGGUGGAGGCGCUGACUAAGAGGAAGACGGUGACGGUCAACGACAAGCUGAUCCUCCCCUACAGACACUCUGAGGCGAUUACAGCACGAGACUCUAUGGCCAAAUCUCUGUACAGCGCCUUAUUUGACUGGAUUGUCCUGCGCAUCAAUCACGCACUGCUCAAUAAGAAAGACAUGGAGGAGUCUGUUCCAUGCUUAUCCAUCGGUGUCCUGGACAUUUUUGGCUUCGAGGACUUUGAGACCAACAGUUUCGAGCAGUUCUGCAUCAACUAUGCAAAUGAGCAGCUGCAGUAUUACUUCAACCAUCACAUCUUCAAUCUGGAGCAGGAGGAGUACCAAGCAGAGGGCAUCACCUGGCACAACAUCGACUACAUAGACAACGUGGGCUGCAUCCAUCUCAUCAGCAAGAAACCCACAGGCCUGCUCUACCUCCUGGAUGAGGAGAGCAACUUUCCACAUGCCACAGAUGAGACAUUAUUAGCCAAAUUCAAGCAGCAGCACCAGUGCAACAAAUACUUUGUCCCCACGCCGGUCAUGGAGCCCGCCUUCGUCAUCCAGCACUUUGCUGGGAAAGUAAAAUAUCACAUAAAGGAUUUCCGGGAGAAGAACACAGACCACAUGCGCCCGGACAUUGUGGCGCUGCUGCGGAGCAGCGACAGAGCGUACGUGCGGCAGCUUAUAGGCAUGGACCCGGUGGCCAUGUUUCGAUGGGGCAUCCUGAGAGCUACGAUCAGGGGCCUCGCUGCUUUCAACGAGGCCGGUCGCACCUGGGCAGCAAAAACUGCAGGUGUUAUCCGUCCAGUCACCAGAACUCCUUUAGGAGAGCUUCAGCGGUCCAAUACCUCAAUAGAAAGAAUGUACAAACGAGCUUCUAUGCUCGAUUUCUACUUUGAUCACUCAGAGGAGCGCCCUCUAGAGGCCUUUGAAGACAUCUUUGCUAGCUUUGACAGUAAGAAAAACAUGCAUGCAGAGAUCAUCAGCUCCAUUAAGAACUUGCAGCUGGAUGGUGAGGACCCUCGCAAACUGCUGCAGUCCUGGGGUCGCCUCCGCUUCCCGCGACACGUCCUUCAGAAAAACAAGGGCAUCAAAAUAAGGCAACCCAUCCCAAAGAGUUUGCUGGAUUCUCGAUCUCUAAAGUUCAUCGUGAGCCUGACGUUGCAGGAUCGCACUACCAAGUCUCUGCUCCACCUGCACAAGAAGAAGAAGCCUCCCAGCAUCAGUGCCCAGUUCCAGACUUCUCUGACCAAACUCUUAGAGACUCUAAACAGAGCCGAGCCUUUCUUCAUUCGGUGUAUCCGCUCCAAUGCUGAGAAGAAGGAGAUGCAUCUGGAUGAAGCCUUGGUGCUGCAGCAGCUGCGGUACACGGGUAUGCUGGAGACCGUUCGCAUCAGGAGGUCCGGCUACGGAGCCAAGUACACAUUCCAGGAGUUCAUGGAGCAGUUCAGAGUUUUGCUGCCAAAGAACGCCACUGCCUGCAAAGAGGACAUCUCAGCGCUGCUUGAGAAGAAGAUGGGCCUCGACCCGACCACAUACCAGAUAGGCAAAACAAAGGUGUUCUUGAAGGAGCUCGAGCGACAGCAGCUGCAGGAUGUGCUGCACAAGGAUGUAAUGCGCAAGAUCAUCUUCCUUCAGCGCUGGGUCAGAGCUCACCUGCAGAGGAAAGAGUUUCUAGAAUUGAGGCAGGCGGCCGUCACGAUCCAGCGUUCAUGGCGUCGGUACCGCAGAGAGGAGCAAAGACGGCGAGCGGCCACUCUGAUCCAGGCGGUGUGGAGAGGCCACAGGCAGAGAUCAGAGAACGCCAAGCAAAGAAGAGGUGCUACCAAAAUCCAGGCCCUGGUCAGAGGACACUCUGCACGCAGAAGGUGCCAUUCAAUCCGUGAGGAGAAACGGAAGAAGGAGGAGGAGGAAGAAGAGGCUCGGAGGAGGGCCGCAGAAGAAGAGAGGAGGCGAAGGGAAGAGGAGGAAGAGGCAAGAAGAAAAGCAGAAGAAGAGGAGCAAAGACGAAGAAUGGAAGAAGAAGAAGCAGCGAGGAGAAGGGCAGAAGAGGAGGAAGAGGCAGCCAGGAAAGCAAAGGAGCAGGAGCAAAGACUUGCAGAGGAACCUCAAACGAGAGAGGACUCGGAUAUAGAGCUGGUCACUGAGGAGAUGCUGGAUAAAAACCUCAAUGCACAGGGGUUAGAGGAGGAGGAGCAGGGUGAAGAUGUUAAUAGAAGUUCAAAUUCAGAGGAAGAACAUGGCAAAGAGGAAGAGCUGGAGCGUGAGGAAAUGCAUUCGGAAGCCUGCGGUAACCAAGCUGAGGCUGGACCCCAGCUGGAUGAGGAGGAGGAGGAUCUGGAGAGACAAACACUAGAAGAGUCAGAGUCAAAAGCUGAUCUGGCCUCUGAUAGGCUCAUCUCCAAUGCACUUACACCCACAUGUCCAGCUGAGGGCGAGGAUAAAGAGGCUAGCACAACCUCCACACCUCCCAAUGCUGAACAAAAGAGACCACAAACUUCGACUGUUAUCAGGGGCCUGUCAACCAGGAGCCAGGAGAAGAGGGAGCAGAGGAGGCAAAGAGGGCUGGAACACAGCCGCAGAGAGUCCGAGCGAGUCGCCUCCUCUUCAUCCACCAUCAAGGAUCCAACGACCACACCGAAGAGCAAAAACCAGGAGGCAUCGAAGCUAAAGGAGCGCUCAGACAGCAAGGAGCUGGACCAGUACACCUUUGUGGCCUGGAAAGUGAAGGAAGACAAGGGAGCGAAGAAGGAGGCAAAAAGUUCUCCUCCAUCAGCCGGUCCCGUCCGUCCGUCUUCAUUACCUCUGGCGCCCACCGACUCUUUGCCGGAGAGAAAUGGCCUCAGCGAGAAUGUCGGCGCAGUAAAUCUGCAGCGUCGGUCUGGGGCGAUAAAGGAGAAGCCAGAAAAGUGGAAGGGGAGGAGGAGUAACGGGGAGCUCUCUGAGAACAUCAGCCUUUCUCCACCUCAAAGCAGAGAACAGACCAAAAAGCUGAAUGAAACGUCCUCAUCGAUCGACAGCUUGUCUCCGGGCUCUGAUGCCAGCGCUUCCAUCAAAGAGCUUUCCCCGACUGACAGCUCUGGUGAUGUUUCAAAGGGAGGCUCCAUGAGAAAGAGACAGCAGGAGGCUGCUGGGUACCAGGAUUCAGCCCACUCAGUCACAUCCACACCUGACAGGCCCAGCGGUUUCUUCAGCAAAAUCUUUAAAAAAGGCAAAGAUGCCCAGACUCCAGACAACGGAGAGCUGACCUUCGCUCAGACUCUCAACGAGAAGCCGACGGCAUGGGAAGCCCCGAUAUCCGGACACGCGCCCCGAUCUCAAUCCGGUGACCGCGGCAGUAAAGCUAUAGGCAGAAAUCCCAGCAUUAAAAUCAGCCGAGCCACACGAGUCUCUGAACAGUGGAACGCCUCGCUGGAUCGAGAAAUCACCAACGCCAACGAGCUGCGGCACCUCGACGAGUUUCUGGGCAACCAGGUGAAUGAUUUCCGCUCCAGGGGCAAGACGCUGUCAGAGACAGAAAACAUCUUUGUGACAGCCACCAUGCAGUUCAGAGAGAAUAUCAAAGCCAUGUAUUCUCUUCCAAAACCCACCAUCGGCUACAAAGGUCUAAUGUCAGGCUACCAGAACAAAGUGAUGCACCUGGCAGGGAGCAAAAAGAAGGAGGAAGUCCAACUGGUGGUGAACCUGUUCCAGUCGGUGCUGGAUGGUUUCAUCAGAGGAGAGAUGAAGAAGGAGGAGGCUGAACCUGCAAAGCCUGCCAAAGCGAGAAAGAAGAGGAGGAAGAAAGACAAAAGUGUGGAGAGUCCCCUGGAUCACAUAUUCAGUAACUAUCAGGUCAACAUUAUGCAGUCAUGUGACCAGUGUACUUCCUACAUCUGGGGCAUGGAGAAGGCCUACAUGUGCAGCACUUGUAAAAUGGUGUGCCACAAGAAGUGCAUCUCCAAGAUAAACACCGACUGCUCCACCUUCUGUGCCAAAAAGAAUGAUGACGAGUUUACCGGGCAGCACUUCGGGGUGCGUGUGUGUCACCUGCUCAAUGAAAAGAAUCCGGUACCGAUGGUGCUGGAAAUGAUGCUGGAGCACGUGGAGAUGCACGGCCUCUACACGGAGGGCAUCUAUCGCAAAUCGGGCUCUGCCAACCGAAUAAAAGAGCUUCACCAGAAACUGGACACAGACCCCAACUCGGCCUGCCUCGAAGACUAUCCCAUCCACACAGUGACAGGCUUGGUAAAGCAAUGGCUGAGGGAACUGCCAGACCCACUGAUGACCUUCACACAUUACAAUGACUUCCUGCAUGCAGUCGACCUGCCGGAGAAGCAGGAGCAGCUUCAUGCCAUCUAUAAAGUGCUGGAUGAGCUCCCGACUGCAAAUUACAACACCUUGGAGAGGCUCGUCUUCCACCUCGUCAGGGUGUGCAAAGAAGAGGCUCACAACCGCAUGUCUCCAAACUCACUGGCCAUAGUGUUUGCACCGUGUAUCCUCCGCUGCCCGGACAGCGCAGACCCACUGCUCAGCAUGAAAGACGUUGCCAAGACAACCACGUGUGUGGAGAUGCUCAUCAACGAGCAGAUCCGGCGCUACAACGAGAAGAUGGAGGAAAUCGAGCAGCUGGAGUACGCCGAGGCUUUAGCCGUUAACCAGCUGAAGCUCAAGAGGCAGAACACGCACUACUGGCGUUUACCGCUCAGGUUAUCAGCUCCUUACAAAGGAGCGGCGAUGCAUGAGAAGGUCAGCACUGAUCUGAGCGUGGUCCCCGAGAACGAGCCUCUGGAUUCGGACACGGAGGCCGAGAAGAACCUGAUGGAACGUAUCAAGUCCAUCAAGCAGGAGAAAGAGGAUCUCGCCUAUCGCCUGCCAGAGAUGGAGCAGCCUGGUUCAGACCAGGAGAAUUUGGACUCCGAAGCCUCGCUGAGCUCUGAGAGCCUCUUGGACGAGCAGCAGCGCUCCUCUGCUCACAGCUCAGAGCCUGAAGGACGAGGUGCUCAUCAGCUGAGGAGAUCCAGACCGCUUUGUCUUCCCAAACCUUCAGAUCUGACCCAGAGGCCGAAAGUCCCCGGCGGACGCAUCUCUGUGUCAACCCUCACCCCUGCUAGCUCCACCUCUUCUUUGGCCAGCUGCACUUCUUCAACUUCUGAAACCUCCAACGCCUCCUUCAGGCAUCCGCUUCAGCGUCGCAACCCCAUCAUCCCAAACACAGUUAAACUCCCGCAGGGAGUCUGCUCCCAGGCGGCAACCUCGAGUCCGCCUCACUCUCACGCUCCUCCUGGAAGCCGAGCGCCCGCCUUCUCGGUCAAGAGACGAGAGCAGCCCGGCCGCCGUAAAGACAGCACCCAGUCCCUUUACCUCGACGGCUCAGAGUGCGACUUGGUGCUGCGUUUUUCUUCCUGUCCUCCUUCAGCCGCCUCUUCCUCUUCUUCCAUCUCCACGGCUGCGCCCACUCCUCAGCUCCAGCACAGCGGCACGAAAGUCCCAAAUGUCCACAGACGGUUUUCUGACCCAGACAUCCCGUAUGUGGAUGAUGAAGUCUGAGCAGGGAGGAGCACAAACGACUGGAACGGCGAAGAGGAUUAAGGGCGGCGACCCGCAAGCAGACAAACGAAACGAAUUCAAACGCUCUCAGAUUCGACGCAGGCGGCAGCAGAGCGCUCGGAGAGGCUGGAACUUGAUGUGUGUAUGAAAGGAAAGGAGAGACGCGACGACACGCGCAGCUGCUGCGGCUCCACAUGCAUGAACCCAGCUCACACAAACUGCAGCUGCUGCUGUCUGAGGGAACUCGAUCAGCCAAUGCAAACGUGUCGUUAGUAAAAAGGACUGGACCACAUGUUGCCAAGCACCUUUUCAAUCUUUUUAAUAUAUUGUCCUCACUGUUGAUUGCUUCAGUUGGACCAGAGGCAGUUUCCUCCCGUAGCCUCAUAAUGAUUUUUUUUUUUUUAAAUUUGUGCUAAUUCAAGAAAAUAUUGCAGGUUUCAGUCGCACUUUUCAUUUCUUAGUUCUCCCAGUGAGUGAAACUCGCUCGCUGAAACAUUAGCUAGUGCCUUGAUGUUGUACAUUGACUUGAUAAAGAAGCUCAUUCUCAUGUCACGAUGAUGGAACGGUGCUCGUAGAGGGAGGGAUGUGUUUGUUGUGGAAAACAAGGACCUAAACCUGCACAUUGUGACUGUUGCACACACACAAAAACAAACAGCUUUUUCUGUUCACCUUCAUGUUUUACCCGCCGCACAACACACACCAGAUAGGAAAUCAUUGCAUUCAUGCAGCAAAGGGAACGGGAGCAGCACACGCCACUUUCUCCACAGAAACGACAAAAAACCCACACAAACCCAGCCGUGAUCCAAGAGCGGUGGCACCACGUGUCCUUGAACUUCCCCUCCUCUAAAAUCACUCAGUCCCAUUAUUAGAAAAGUGCUGAAGCACAGCUCCGGCCAACUUUGUAUGAAAUGUAAUACUAAUGUUCCUCUCUGACUGCUGACGAUGAUGAUGAUGAUGUAUGAUGAUGUUGGUUUGUCUGGAUUAUGAGGAAGAUGUUCUGAUGUGUAACAGAGUGCAUGGUGACUUUGACUGAAUGAGCUGUAAUGUUUAUUAGUAGUAACAUGAAAAUACAGUACAUGAUGCUUGUAACGUCCGCUGCUGUGUGUUUCCAUCACGCACAAUUAGAACGUUUUUCUUUUACCCUGGAAACAGACGAUGGUGAUAAACAAGGGUUAUUAAAAUAAAACUGUAGGACGUUUAUAAACUCUCCAGGAGUUAGUCUGCUCCAAAUUAGGUUCAUAGGUUGACUUGGACCUUCAGCACAGACAAAAUGUAGUAACAUGAAACUAGAAAUACUGCACCUAAAUUCAAAAUUCAUUCACCAUAGACUCCCUUCAUUGCAUUAGAUUAGGUACAUGUUGCUAGUACUGGGUACAGACCACCUGGUGUGGUCUCCUGCUGGUGUAGCUCAUCUGCUUCAGGGUUUAACAUGUUCAGAGAUGAUCUUCUGCACUCCUAUAAGCUCCAAGCUGUCAGGCCAGCCUCUGAACUUUAGCAUCAAACUGCCCCUCGCUGGAUAUUUGCUCUUAUUUGGAUCUUUAUCUGUAAGCCCCAGAGAUGGUUGUGUGGGACAAUCCCAGCAGAUCAGCAGUCUUUGAAAUCCUCACACCAACAACCACUUAAAUCCCCUUUCUUGCUCAUUUUGAUGCUCAUUUUGAACUUCAGCGGGUCAUCUUGAUUAUAUAUUUAAAUACACUGACUUGCUGCUGUGUGAUUGGCUGAUUAGAUAUUUGCAUUAACCACUAGGUGAACAGGUGUACCUAAUAAAGUGGCCGGAGUGUGUAUGUUUAACAUUUUGCUUUAAGAUGGCUAAAACUCCCAGAGGUGGGUAUAAUUUUAGUCUUUCAGAGUCGUCCCUGCAUUAAACAGUCAUUAAAACUCGG